AUGGUGAACAGAAUUGUGUGUGUCCGAGUCCGGAAAUUCUUGAGCCGGUCGUUAUUCCGAUUAACUCGGACAAAACUCGUCGUUCACCAGUGCCCAAUAGUCCGGCACUCCAGUUCUCUCAAUACCAGUCAUGUCCGUGUCCGUCUACUCAGCCUGCUUGUACGUGUGUGUCGACAAAUAGUCAGAAUGAAAAGAUUUUGGUCUCCAUCACUUGUUGCCAGCAACCCUCCCAGACACCAUGCCAGUGCCAACCUUCUGCCACCCCUG